GUUUCGCGAACAUAGUAUGUUGUUAAACGUAGAGAGGAAAGUUCCGAUUUUGGGUUUUUUUUCAAAGCCGAUGAAAUAUGCCAGAAUUUGCUCAAAAAAGAGUGACAUUGCUUGCCAAAGGAUGUACGGUUCACUCAGGAAAGGUUGUUGCUGUUCCUCGAACUCUCAAUGAAUUAAUCAUCAUAGCAAAAUGCAAGCUUGGGCUCCCUGCGGCAACUAAAGUUUACACUGCCAAAGGAGGUGUGAUAGAUGACAUUGAUUUAAUCAGAGAUGAUGAAGUGCUUUACAUUUCAUCUGAAGAUCCAGAACCAAAUUCUCUUGGUGAAAAAUCCUUCACAGACUGGGUGACGCUUAAUGUGGGAGGCAGAGUAUUCACUACAACUAGGGCAACACUGAUGAAUGAACCAAAUAGUAUGUUAGCAAGAAUGUUUUCCCCAGCAGAGGCUUGGAGUAAUGUUUCAGAUGCCUCAGGAGCUUUCCUCAUCGACAGAAGUCCAGUGUACUUUGAACCAAUCAUCAAUUAUUUACGACAUGGACAGCUCAUACUAGACAAGGGAGUUAAUCCUCAAGGUGUCCUAGAAGAGGCAAAGUUUUUCGGAAUCUCAGGCAUCUUAGAACAGUUAGAAGAGUUGGUAAAGGCUAUGGAAAACGUUGAAGAUGCUCCUCUUUCUCGGAGUGAAUUUGUUAAAAUACUUUUAUCAACGCCCUCGAACUGCGAGCUUCGUUGUCAGGGAAUCAAUUUAGACUCGGCAGAUCUCUCGAAGCUUGAUCUACGUUUCAUAAACUUCAAAAUGGCGAAUCUAAGAAAAACAGACUUGUGGAAUGCCAAUCUAUCAAACUGCUGUUUGGAGAGAGCGAAUCUAUCCGGGGCACAUAUGGACGGUGCUAUUUUAAGCUGUACUCGUCUUCAGAGGGCUCAUAUGGAAGGGGCCUCCCUCAGAGGGUGCAAUUUUGAAGACCCUGCUGGGACAAGGGCUAAUCUAGAAGGUGUGAACUUAAAAAAUUCUGAUCUGGAAGGAAGCCAAUUAGGGAAUGUUAACCUUCGUGUUGCUACUUUAAAAGGUGCAAACCUUCAAAAUUGUAUAUUGCGAGGAGCUGUACUGGCUGGAGCUGAUCUAGAGAACUGUAAUUUAACCGGCUGCGAUCUACAAGAUGCUAAUCUCCGAGGGGCCAACAUCACCGGUGCUACGAUUAAAGAAAUUACAGGACCACUUCACAUGACAGCUUUCGUCAGAAACCAGCUCCCAGGCUCUGCGCUUUCUGUACCCGCAACGCCAGAUUCCUGAGAGAGAAAUUGUGUGACGUCAGAAGACAAACGCGAUGUCCUGGAAUAAAACUCCAAGGAAUUGUUUUGGCUUAAUAAGAAGAGUGAAAGCAAAAAGGCUAGUCACAGUCGAAUGGAAGCGUGACAGUCAAACCAACCGGCUGAAGAGAAAGCCAUUGUGGCAAUUUUGAAAAAGACUUAUUCGAGCACUGAAACAAUUGUCGAGGAUGGCAAUUGAAGAUCAGUAGUAAUCAAAGAUGACAAAUAAACUAAGUUAUCUAUUAUUAAAAAAGGGUGUGCUUGUCUGAGGAUACCCCAAGUUGCAUGUAUAAAAGCAAGUUUUUUUUACAUAAAAGGUUCUUGAAUAAUAAAAAAAUAACGUUUGCCGUGAACACCGGGAGAAAAGUUGUGAAGGACA